AUGGGUAAAUUAUGGGAAGUUGCUUUACCAACAGCUUUUCUUUCAUCACACAUUCCUAAUACUCAAAAAUUUUGUGAUGCCAACUUUUGUAAGAUUUUAGAUCAAAAUAUUCCAAGCUAUUUUUUAACUUGUGAUGAAAAAAAUAUUAAUGAUAAUGAUGAAUUUAUAAUUUUUCAAAAUGAUGAUUCUGCAAAUAAACAAUUAACUGAAGCAUUAAAUAAGUUUCAUAAAAAUUCAAUAUGCAGUAGUGCUUUUUUAAAAUUAUAUGAUUUAUCAAAAAAUAGAUUAACUGGUUUAAAAAAUCAUUAUAAAGAUAAUGAUAUUGUACCAAAAGUGCAUUUAAGCAAAGGAAAAAAGGUUUCUCAUAAUAAAUUCUCUUUUGAGACAAUAUUAAAAGUGCUUACUUUUUUAAAAAAUUAUGCAAAUUUGAAUGGUUUACCAUCACCAGGUUGCCAUUUUAAAAGAGAUACAAAGGCAAUUAUUUAUUUACCUACAAAAGACAGCUACACAGGAAUGCAUGAGGAAUUUUUAUGUUGUAUUGAACCUGAGACAGAAGAUCAUAUUGGCUAUUCAACCUUUAUUAAAGAAUCAACAGGACUAAAUGCUUCUAGACAAUGGUAUUUGUAUGAUCAGAUAUGA